AAAUCAAGAACUUAUUGGAAAUUAUUUUUCGAAAUCCGAGUGAUACCCGAGCAGAAGGCAAUACCAUACAAGGAGUAACCUGUGCUCUACUACCAAAAAUUUGUAUUGCUAUGUUAUUCUACGAAAUGUUAUGAGAACCUCACAAUAACAAUUGGAUGUAUUUGAGCAUAGUUUGGUGGUAAAAAAGUUUUUGUUGAUUUAGCAGUGUAAAUAACUGAAGAUCGACGUUUUUUAUUCAGUUUUGGAGAUUCGAUAGCAGCAUAUUGUAUAGUUAAAUAUUCUGUAUCAACAGCAUUGGAGGCAAAAGAGUAUUUUAACAUAAAUGAUGAGUCACAUCCGCAAAUUGAGUAACCCCGCGGGAGAGCGCAACAAAGCCCCAAUACUGGAGGUGCUGCACAAAUUCCUGGACAAAAGUCGGCCAAACCAAAAACUGCUGGAAAUUUCCUCUGGCGUGGGUCUUCAUGCGGCUUACUUCGCGUCGCAUUUCCCUCAAAUCCACUACCAAUCGUCCGAGUACGAUACGUCGCUUUUCGGAAGCAUCGAAGCCUACCGGGCGGAAGCCCAGGCCCCAAACUUGCAACCGCCGGUGGCCAUUGACAUUUCCCAACCGUGCACCGAGUGGAACAACGACCAGGCAAUCAACUUUGCCAACUGCGGCGAAAGUUACGACUACAUGCUCAACAUCAACAUGAUGCACAUUUCACCGUUUGAAUGCAGCGAGGGCCUCUUCUGGAACGCGUCCCGAUUGCUCAAGACGGGUGGACUGCUCAUAACGUAUGGACCUUACGCGGUGGACGGGGUGCUGACCCCGGAAAGCAAUGUGCAGUUUGAUGCGUCACUGAAAUAUCGGAACCCGUCGUGGGGCAUUCGAGACGUCCGGGAACUGGAGAAACUGUCUCAUGGAAAUGGUAUCAAUUUGAAGCAGAUGUUUGACCUUCCGGCCAAUAAUAAAUGCUUGAUCUGGGAGAAGGUGAAGGGAUUGCAGAUUUAAUAAACACGUGUUCGUACCUAG